AUCACUGUGACAGGACAGGGACAGCCAAAAGUUAUAACACUGUCCCGAAACAUCUUAUUUGGACUAAUAACCAAGGAACACCAAAUAAACCAUGAUGAAUUAAAGUGGCACAAAAAGAUUUAAGGGAUGAACAAUGGCUUCAAAUCUGGCUGGAAUGGCAUUUAUACCUUAUUACAAGCAUCUGAUGGAAAUUCUUGAAACUAAUGAAGAAUUAAAAAAGACUAGCAAAGGUAUAUUCAAGCAAAUGGCUUGGGCAGCUGGAGGAACAUGUGCAGGAGGUAUUGUGGCAGGUCCACCAGGUGCUCUUGUAGGGGGAUUUGUAGGUUCAGUAAUUGGUUACUGUAAGUCAGAUGAAUACAGCUCAAUGAUAAAAGUGAUUAAAAAUCUCAGUGAUUCUGACAAACAACGACUGGUGGAGAAGGUACAGGAACUGGUCGGAAGCUCGUCUCUGGAAGCGUUAACUGCCUUCAUUGGUUCUAAGGUGCAACGGGAAUUGUUACUGAACUGUAUACGAUCUGUUCUACAAAACAAAGGUGGAGGAUGAUAUAACUUGUUCUUUAUUUUUUGUCGAAGUGAGAGAGCACCUGCAAAUGAAACAUUGAAUACAUGUUCAAAAUUCUGAUCAAAGAUCUAAAUGGUAAAACUUAGAAUUUUUUUUCGAAAAUAUCAUCCAAGGUUCAGAAUUUGGAAGUUCUGGUACAUAGAAAACAGAAGGAGAAAAAUUCCGGACUGAGAAAUCAUCCAAUAUUCAGAAGUUUCCGGUUUUUGGAAGGUCCCAUCUUCAGAAGUUCCACUGUAAUAUUAUUAAACAAUAGAAAUUAUUUUUGUUGAAAUAAAUAACUUAAUCCUAUUUAGUAUAUAGUAUGAAUGGGAAUUUAAAACACUGACCUCCAGAUUUGGCUAAAAAUAAUCUUUCUUUCAAAUUGAACUUUGGUCAUAUUGAACAUUAGAAUAUGAGUUUUUAAUUGUGUCUAAAGUAUUUUCAAAAAUUCCAAAUCGAGGGGAAAAAAAGCGUCUGGAAUCGAACCCCAGACCACCCCAGCUAUAAAGACAUUUUCUCGUCGUUGUAACCAAUAGGGCUAUAGCGGAAUUAGUGAAUUUUGACUUCAAAAUAUAGAUACAUAUAUUUAAAAUCGAGACAGUUUACCUGGAAAAAAUUAUAAAGCAUUACAAACGCUUUUUGAUUUGCAUCGUAAAAAGUAGUAGAAACAGCAAAUUCUCAUUGUGUUUCCGUAACAUAUAGUUUGUCAGUAAUAAAGUUUUAAAGCCUCCUUAAGAAAUAUAUCAUUUAUUUCUAGAUAUAUAUAAAAAAAAUGUCGAAUAAUCUGGAGGCCAGUCCCUUUAAUAAGAAAAUGACUUAGUUCUGAAGCAGUUUUCAGGUGUAUUUCCUUCUGAAGCAAUAUAGCAGAAAAAGCUGCAAAAUCAUGCAAAGACAGUAGAUUCUUGAUUAUACUGCCAGAGAUUUGUACUAUGUAUUUUUGGUUUUGGUUAUUUUGUCAUUUUUAUAAUCUUUUGAUAUUUAUAUUCUUUAGUUUUACAAUAUACAUUUAGUUGAUUUUAUUGACUAAAUUUAACUAUACAAGUGCAUGAUAUUACAUACUUGCAGACAAAAACAUUCUGACUAUAUAUCAUAUCAUAUCAUACCUGUUAUUAUUUAUUUAUGACGUUGAUUUUAUGUGGAUGAAUUUCCUAAAUUUUACAAAUAAAUUCAUCUAUUUUCAAAAUUCUUCUAGU